AUGUCUUCUGACAGCGACGACAUACCGAUCCGCCCUAGGCGCUCCCUUACCACAAGCUCACGGCUACCAGGCGCAAAUGCGCAAGGUGGGCAGGUUGGACCUGCCCAGCAAAGGAUUCAGACCGGGUCUUCCAGUGGCCUCGAAGCAGAGUCUGAAGACGUUGACCUUGCGGAAGCUCAGGCGUCUCCCGACAGCGAUAGUGAGCCAACGCAAGGCGAGCAAGAGAACACGCGUUCGGCCAAAGCUUUAGAGGAAGAAUCUGAUGCAGAUUCGACCAACCAGGAGUCUGAGAUGAACCAGACUGAGGCGGAUUCGCAAGAGUCCGAGAUAAGCCAGGAUGAGGCGGACUCGCAGGAGGACGAGAUUGUAGCAGAGCCAGAAACUCAGCAUGUUUAUCCAGUCUUCCGACCUGUUACACGGAAACAAGCCUCUGGCGGAUCUGCUCCGGCGGCACCGAACACCUUCCAGCAAGAGCUAGAGAAGGGCUUCCACUUCCUAGCGGAAUACGUGCGAGAGCAAGAUCUGCGCAGGAUCAAGGCGAAAGAGGUCAAGAACAUGGACUCUGCCGCUUGGAUCAAGCAUUGCGUCUCGAUUCUCGCCUCGACUCCCACGCCUAUUCUCGCAGAGAUUAUGGGCGGGAAUCUCGCAAAGGCAAAGAUAGAGGACAGGAAUGGCAUAGCGAAGAUCUUGCGCCCGCACGAAGAGCGGUUGAACUUGAGCAACGGUAAAGAUGCGCCGGCUAUUUACCACAUUCUUCUUGUCGAUAAGGACGGAAAUUCGCCUUCGGCGAACGAGCUCACGCAAGUUAUCAAAGUGCUGCGGAAGUACCCCAACAAAGGGGAAUGGGAACUGGCCAACAAGAUUGACCAGAUGGUUGGCUCGGAUGCGAAAAACAGAUUCACAACUGACACGGCCAAGCAAGGUAGGAGACGCUAUCUCUGCGAUCUCGAUGAAUACAAGGUGAAGGAGCAUCGAGUCCAGAACUUGGAGGAGUUCUGCAAUGCUUUAGAGAGACGAAUCCAGAAUAUACCACAGGCGGACCGUGACAAGCCGCUUGAAGCUCCGCUUCGGUAUUUCGGGUACGGCGACGCUUUUACGCGUACGAAGUGCCACCUGACGCACAAGAGCUCAAAUUACAUCAUGGGUCUUGUGGAUGCAGUAUUGUCCGAAAUACUGUUCACCGCCAUCGGUGAUGGAUACAUCGAUGAUGGCGGUGGUUUUAGUCACGAGCCCGCAGGCUCGAACAACUGGAGUGGCCAGAAAACUACUGACCGUCAAUGGGAGCGUGCUGCUAAAUGGACUUUGAAGCACACUCCAUAUAUACAAAACCUCGAGUUGCAUCGAAAGGUGCUGGAGGAGGAAGCGAACCUUCCUCAAAAGAUUGCUGAGCUCAAGGCUGACACAGCUAACCUCGAAGAACAGGAACAGGAGACCUGGGAUGAGCUGGAACCCCAGCUUAUCUCUAGGGUUCAGGAUACUGUUGAAGCGUCCCGUACAGUUACGGGCGAAGUUAACAAUUUCGUCGAUUUAUGGGACAAAUUGUUAGAAGAGACUUUGGGCCAUGAGUCUGAAGAGAGCGAUGAAUAG